UUACAUCCUGUGAAAACAAUAGCCACGUUUGAGAUAAAAUGAGAAGCAAACUGUCAUGAUUCGAACAUGAGUUCAAAAAUGACCCAGAUGCUGGAACCCGGAAAGAAGCUUGACACAACGGUAAGAUUUCAGUGGUUUAAUCAGAACCAGAACUUGACAGGACUUCCUUCCAGGAAGAGAGAGCGUGGCCUGGCUGGAGGAACCUUGAACUGGGAUCUCCUUGAGGGGGAACAGCGGCGGGAGCGAGGCUGAACCAAGACGAGGCUAGGCGGCUGGCUGGAGGCUACUAGAGACGGCGUAGGCGAAGCUUGAACCAAGACGAGGCUAGGCGGCUGGCUGGAGGCUACUAGAGACGGCGUAGGCGAAGCUUGAACCAAGGCGAGGAGAGACGGCUGGCUGGAGGUUUCUUGAAGCGGCGUGACUGCAGCGUUGGAGAACUGCGACCAGGAGGAACAACGAACUGGCACCGGCUGAUGAUCCUGGAGGAGUUUAUGAAGGCAGGUGUAGAUGAGCCUCUUCCUCCUCAACAUCGGUCAUGACGAUCCUUUUCAAGAGUCUGUUAACAUCCAGCAGGAACAAACAAAACAGUUGUCCUCCCUGAGCUUCUGGAGGAGACAGAAGCUCUACGCCAACAAACACGCUCCACUCCAAGCAAACACUGGUGCCAUGGUAACGCCCAGAGCACAGUACGCAGGUCUCCAUGGCAGCAUCUGUGCAUUUGUGUCCAUGUUUGGAGGAUGAAGAAAGAGAGAUAGUGCUUAAGACCACUGACAGGUCUCACUUAGGCGCUGGAAUCUGAAAAUGCAGACAACAAAAAAACAAAGACACUAUCUCCUGAUGGAAAACAGCUUCAGGGCUCGCACCACCAUCUUUUUCUUUCUUAUUCUGAUUUUUUAUUUUUGCUGCAGUCAGAUGACAAAGCAAGACAGAAAUUUUGUUCAGGAUGCUGAGAAAACAAAAUAAAGAACGUAUCACUGACGGAUAGGAUGUUAAGUCUGAAGCUGGAAAUUGUAAUGCUGAAUGUCAUCAGUGGUUAUGCUCCACAGUCACAGACGAGGAUACCGUUAAGAGAUACUACGCCAAGUUUGAAGAAAAGUUCUUCCAGGCUUGUGAAAAAGAGCUGGCCAAGAUCAACACCUUCUACUCCGAAGUCUGCAGGAUUUUGGUUUGGCUACUUCCUGUUUGGAACGGCAGAAAUGCUUCCAUAAUGAAGGACACCAGUGUGAGAGGUGUGAGAGAGUGAAAAGUGCUUCACCCCUUCCAAAGUUAAGUGUGCCAGCUAUACUCCAAGAUUUUAUCAGUUUCCUGUAGAUCAGUCGCCAGUGGAUUUUAUUUGGGUUUUAUAGAAAUUUACUUUUAUCUUUUUUGCAUGACUGCGUGUACUUUCAAUCUAUUUGUGAGUUUGUCUUUUUUUUCAUUGCAUGCAUACUGGUGCUUUGGAGUGCAGGCCAGGACGUCACAUGGACAACCAUCAUCCAUUCACCUUUCUUACGUUAUCAACAACAUGGUCACUGAUGCUGCUGAAAAAAUCAUCCAAAACCUCGAAGAAAGCUGCGUUCAGUGUGAGGAGGAGCUCCAUCGUCAGAGCAGACUGCUGGAAAUCAUCGCGGAUCCACAGACGAGACUUCAAACUCUCCUUCUCCCCCUUCUAAGGAAGCAAGAGAGGAACUCCAGUGUGAAGCUGGAGAACUCAGAACCUCCACAGAUUAAAGGGCAACAGGAGGAGCUCUGCAGCAGCCAGGACGUCGAGCAGCUGGAUCUGAAUCAGGAGACAGAUAUCUUGAUCCUAACUCCUACUUAUGAGAAAAAUGAAGAUCUGAACUGUCAGCAUCGCCUAACUCAGAGCUUAAAUGUAACUGAUGAUCAGAAUGGAGAAGGAAACCAGCAUGGUAAAGAAAAGAAAAAGACUCAAAUGAAAAAACUUUGCAGAACAAAAAAGGUAAAAGAGCAUUGUUGUGUAGAAUGUGAAAAAAGUUAUACUACAGCUUACCAAUUAAGACGUCACAUGAGAAUCCACACAGGAGAAAAUCUUUUUUCGUGUAAAGAAUGUGGUAGAUGUUUUACACGUUCAGACAGUUUAUCUGUUCACAUGAAAAUCCACACAGGAGAAAAGUAUUUUUCCUGUAAAGAAUGUGGUAGAAAUUUCUCUCGAGUAGACAGCCUAAUUAGUCACAUGAGAAUCCAUACAGGAGAAAGGUCUUUUUUCUGUCAAGAGUGUGGUAAAAGUUUCACACGGAUUGGGAAACUUGCUCUUCACAUGAGAAUCCACACAGGAGAAAAGCCUUUUUCCUGUAAAGAAUGUAGUAGAAGUUUCUCUCGAUCUGACAGCCUAACGGAUCACAUGAGAAUCCAUACAGGAGAAAGGUCUUUUUUCUGUAAAGAAUGUGGUAAAAGUUUCACACGGAUAGGGAAACUUUCUCUUCACAUGAGAAUCCAUACAGGAGAAAAGCCUUUUUCCUGUAAAGAAUGUGGUAGAAGUUUCUCUCGAGUAGACAGCCUAAUUGGUCACAUGAGAAUACACACAGGAGAAAAGCCCUUUUCCUGUAAAGAAUGUGGUAAAUGUUUCACUCUUUCAUGCAGCCUAACGGAUCACAUGAGAAUCCACACAGGAGAAAAGCCCUUUCCCUGUAAAAAAUGUGGUAGAAGUUUUAGACGUUCAAGCAAACUAUCAGUUCACAUGAGAAUUCACACAGGAGAAAAGCCUUUUACCUGUGAAGUUUGUGGUAGAAGUUUUUCUCAUGCAAAAAGUCUUACUAAUCACAUGAGAAUCCACACAGGAGAAAAGCCUUUUUCCUGUGAAGAAUGUGGUAGAAGUUUCUCUCAAGCAACCAGCCUAACUAAUCACAUGAGAAUCCACACAGGAGAAAAGCCUUUUUCCUGUGAAGAAUGUGGUAGAAGUUUUUCUCAUGCAAACAGCCUAACUUAUCACAUGAGAAUCCACACAGAAGUAAACCUUUCCCUGUUAGAUUGAUGUUGAAAUUUCAGUAGAUCAUAAUGUCCAAUAUGACAUUAAAAUUCAAAGGACAUGAUCAGUUUUUUCCCCAGAACUUGAUUGUCCAUAAAGAAAAGACGUGCAAUAAUAGCAGCAGGUUUUCAUAGACAGUGUUCUGUUUCUGUUAAUAACCAGUCUAGUUGAAAUCAUUUUGUAGUUCUUUCAAAUUUUUAUUGUUUUGAAAUGCCCUAAAUUUCAAUUUUAUCCUAUUUACUGUAUUGAAGAACUGGACGGCCCGAGUAUGACGUCACCCUUAAAAAAUGGUUUGUUUCUUGCUCCAUCCAAAGUUAAGUUAGUCGCCAUUUUUUCCAGUUAUAGAUGCUGCCAUUUGGAGCAACAGGAUGUUAGUAACCGCUGAUUAGUCAGAGUAACACAGUUUUCGUUUCUGUGGAGGAGAUUGAUUUACAAUGGUCUACAACCUACUAGGAAAUAUAAGUCACGGAGUACAAAAAAAAGCAUGAAAAAUUAUAAUACAAAAAAAUCAGCAAAUCAGAGAGAAACAGAAAGGUGAACUGCUUUACAGCGAGGAACCAUUGUUCAUUAUAUUCACUGUUUGAAAGGAAAUUGACUUCAUGAACCAUGUUUAUAUAACAAAGCUUUUAUUUGAAUACUGCCAAAAGAGCAGAUGUGUUUUAUUUUGGAAGCUAGUUUUUUUGUACAAACAUGCUCCUACCAUGAAAAGUACAAAGAUAAAUGUAUUUUACAAGAUGUAAUUUUAUUAUUAAAGACUUGAACACCAAC